AUGGAUGCACCAGCAGCCGCCGGCUCCAGGGGACCCCCCAAGUUCAAGCAGAGGGCGGCCCGCGUCUUCAAGAGCAAGGCCCCCAAGCCUGGACAGAAGGGAUUUGGCGACGACAUCCCCGGAAUGGAGGGACUUGGAACAGACUUCACGGUGGUCUGCCCAUGGGAGGCCUUUGGAGACAUGGAGCUGAGCGACCUGGCUAAAUACGGAAUUGUGUAG